AAGACCCCUGAUAGAAUGUUUUCUAAUCUCUCGAGUUCCCUCUUGUAUGUCGGGUAGAGGUGACACAUGCGCAGGAGAGCCCGCUUUCUAGAGGAAACCACUGUCGAGAAUUCGAGAUUCGAUCUCGUGGGACACAUGCCGGGACAAGAUCUGUGCGACGUCAACAGACACGCAAAUUCAAACGGCCGGACAGUCGCGAUCCCCAAUCGUGUCACGUUACGAGUCACGUGCGAAUAUCGUCGUCACGGAUCGCAUUUUCGUGGCAAACGCUCGCUAGGAAAACAACGCAUCGAGCGACGCACAUCGUCGCUUAACGAACACCUGAGGAAGAACGUUCUUGUAAAUUAUCACUGGAAAAGAAAACAUUGAAAAACACUCGCUGACAUUCUCGUUAGGAAUUCAAGUGAAAGAGAAGAGCUUUUUCAGUGCACAGGACGUUAUUUGACAUAAACACGUAAAACAGUUUGUUUUAUCGAUGAGACCGGAUCUGUCAUGUCUUACACUGAACUGGAACAUGGUUACCAAGGUCUCAGGAAUGCAAGCAGACCGAUGUUCUAUAUAGGAGACAUAAAUACAGUGCAGUCAUCUGUUAUUCCCUCAAUCUAUCGUUCAUCGAAAAGACCUGAAUUAUCAGAAGGCAACCAAGAUGAUGCUUAUAUGGGUGGGAGUGAUGUGGAAGGAGAGGGAAAGCAAGUUCUGGUUGGAAUAUGUGCAAUGGCGAAGAAGUCACAGAGUAAACCGAUGAAAGAGAUUUUGACAAGGCUCGAAGAAUUCGAAUAUAUAAAAAUUGUCGUCUUUCCAGAAGAAGUGAUAUUAAAGGAACCUGUAGAAAAUUGGCCUAUAGUCGACUGCUUAAUAAGUUUCCAUAGUAAAGGCUUCCCCCUUGAUAAGGCUAUAAAUUAUGCGAAUUUACGUAAACCGUUCAUCAUCAAUCAUCUCCCGAUGCAGUACGAUAUCCAGGACCGAAGAAGAGUUUAUGCUAUACUGGAAAGCGAAGGUAUCGAAAUUCCACGAUAUGCCGUUCUCGACAGAGAUUCACCAGAUCCGAAACAACACGAAUUAGUGGAGUCAGAGGAUCACGUGGAGGUGAAUGGUAUUACUUUCAAUAAACCAUUCGUGGAAAAACCAGUAUCAGCUGAAGAUCAUAAUAUUUAUAUUUAUUAUCCUACUUCUGCUGGAGGAGGAAGUCAGAGAUUAUUUAGAAAGAUAGGUAGUCGUAGUAGUGUAUAUUCUCCAGAAUCUCGCGUUCGCAAGAGUGGUUCUUAUAUCUAUGAAGAUUUUAUGCCUACCGAUGGCACCGAUGUUAAAGUCUAUACCGUGGGACCUGAUUACGCUCAUGCCGAAGCGAGGAAGAGUCCUGCUCUUGACGGCAAAGUUGAGAGAGAUUCGGAGGGUAAAGAAAUUCGUUAUCCGGUGAUAUUGAAUAAUGCUGAAAAAUUAAUUAGUAGGAAGGUAUGUUUGGCCUUCAAGCAAACGGUGUGCGGUUUCGAUUUAUUAAGAGCAAACGGCCAGUCGUUUGUGUGCGAUGUGAAUGGAUUUAGUUUUGUAAAGAACUCGAACAAAUAUUACGAUGACUGUGCCAAGAUUUUGGGGAAUAUGAUACUUAGGGAGUUGGCUCCCACGUUGCAUAUUCCAUGGAGCGUUCCCUUUCAAUUGGACGAUCCUCCUAUCGUGCCAACCACAUUUGGCAAAAUGAUGGAAUUGCGCUGUGUCGUGGCAGUUAUUAGACAUGGUGAUAGAACCCCAAAACAGAAGAUGAAAGUAGAAGUGCGUCAUCCUAAAUUUUUUGAGAUAUUUGCAAAGUAUGAUGGCUAUAAACACGGUCAUGUCAAAUUAAAGCGCCCUAAACAGCUGCAAGAGAUUCUCGAUACAGCGCGUAGUCUGCUAGCGGAAAUACAGCAUCGUGCAGCGGGUCCCGAGUUGGAAGAAAAACAAGGGAAAUUGGAGCAACUUAAGAGUGUCUUAGAAAUGUACGGGCAUUUCUCUGGCAUAAAUCGCAAAGUCCAAUUAAAGUAUCAACCGCGAGGACGGCCGCGGGGAAGUUCCUCCGACGACGGUAGCGAUCUUAAUCGAUUAGGGGAACCAUCUCUCGUUUUGAUAUUAAAGUGGGGCGGAGAACUAACGCCGGCUGGACGUAUUCAAGCGGAAGAAUUAGGACGCAUAUUCCGCUGCAUGUACCCCGGUGGUCAAGGUAGACACCUUAGUGAGGAAGAAUCAGAGAUGUUACCAAAUCACGGUGAAUACGCAGGUGCACAAGGAUUGGGUUUGUUACGUUUGCACUCUACGUUUCGCCAUGACUUAAAGAUCUAUGCUAGCGAUGAGGGACGCGUUCAAAUGACUGCGGCGGCUUUUGCAAAAGGAUUGCUUGCAUUGGAGGGAGAGCUAACGCCUAUUUUAGUGCAAAUGGUGAAAAGCGCGAACACCAAUGGUCUUCUAGAUAACGACUGCGAUAGUAGCAAAUAUCAGAAUAUGGUAAAAACGCGUUUGCACGAGCUUCUACAACAAGAUAGAGACUUUACUCGGGAGGAUCGAGAACAGAUCAAUCCGGGAAACGCGCUCAGCAUCAAUGCCGCUUUAGAUUUUGUCAAAAAUCCGGUCCGAUGUUGCCAACACGUUCAUACUCUUAUCCAGAAACUCUUAGAUAUUGUGCGAAUAAAAAAGGAAGAUCCGAAAACAAAGGACACGAUACUCUAUCACGGUGAAACGUGGGAACUGAUGGGACGUCGCUGGGGAAAGAUAGAAAAGGAUUUUUGUACGAAAAAUAAACGUUUCGACAUAUCUAAAAUUCCCGAUAUUUACGAUUGUAUAAAAUACGAUCUGCAACACAAUAAUCAUACAUUGCAAUUCGAACAUGCGGAAGAAUUGUAUACGUACGCUAAAUCUUUAGCGGAUAUAGUAAUCCCUCAGGAAUAUGGUUUAACGGUACAAGAGAAAAUGACUAUUGGCCAAGGUAUAUGCACGCCUUUGUUGAAAAAAAUACGAGCUGAUUUACAACGAAAUAUCGAAGAAUCUGAGGAGACUGUAAAUAGGCUUAAUCCUAGAUAUUCCCAUGGUGUCUCGAGUCCAGGACGCCAUGUACGUACGAGGCUGUACUUCACAAGUGAGAGUCAUGUACAUUCCUUGCUAACCGUGUUACGUUAUGGUGGUUUACUCGAUGUGGUGAAAGACGAACAGUGGCGGCGCGCGAUGGAAUACGUUAGCAUGGUCUCCGAGUUGAACUACAUGUCGCAAAUUGUCGUCAUGUUGUAUGAAGAUCCAACCAAAGAUCCAUGCAGUGAAGAACGUUUUCAUGUCGAAUUGCACUUCAGUCCUGGCGUUAACUGUUGCGUGCAGAAGAAUCUGCCGCCUGGUCCUGGAUUUAGACCACACUCGCGCAAUGAGAGCAGUCACAAUGUGGGGGAGAGUGGUGGUUCUGGUCAGGAUACUAGUUCACAAUGUAGCACCAGGAUAGAGGAGGAAGAUGCGGAAUUGGGCAUUAUCGAAGACGAUUUGAUAAAUCCUACCGCGCAAGCUGAUACGCCUCCACCAUUAAUGGAAACAGAUACUAUGGACUCUAUGCUAGACAGUCCAACGACCAGUCGUGGGAUCGACAUGAUGGAUCUAGAUCCGAAUAUGAUGGACGAACCGUAUGAUAGUGGAUUUUUGCAGAGCUCGGCACCGAUUCCAAUCAGCGCUAGAACCGUGGCCGGACACGAAGCUGCUAGACUUGGCAGCCAAUUGGCGGCAAGUCAGCGACAACGCCGAAGCAAGGAAGCAGGGAAUAUUGUGGAACCACGCGCGCGAAGCUACGAUCAUCAACGGCAAGAGAAGCCCGAGAAAGCCGCGGAGUCAACUCCGGAGGAAUCUCGCGACGAGGAACGCACGUGGAAACCGGCGAUGCUGCUGCAAUCAUAUAGCUCGCCGGAGCUACCGGUUUCGCCGGACGAGAGCUUCGCUUCUUCGUGCUCGCUUCGCAAUGCGUGCAACGAUAGACAACUAUCCGCCAACCCUUGCUCGUUGCCCGAUCCGUCGUUCGCGACCGUCAGCAACCUGCCGGAGCGGACUGUCACCGGGUACCGUGGCCGCGGCAGAAAAUACGAACGAUCGCGCUCCGAAGUGACCUUGCUCUCAUCCAUCGAACUCUGCGCAAGGCGCCACCGACACAGUAUCUCCGGACAGAUGAGUUAUUUCAAGCUGCUGGGCUACAAUGUCAGCAAGAAGCUCACUGGUUCGGCCAAUAGUCUCUUCAGCACUGCCGUAAUAAGCGGUUCCUCGAGCGCGCCGAACCUGAAGGACAUGGUACCACCUCAUGCGUCCGCGGUUGCCGCGAUAGAAGGCUUCGGCGGGGUGCCUCCCAUCAGACCCUUGGAAACUCUACACAAUGCGUUGUCGCUACGUCAACUAGAUUGCUUCCUGGAGAUGAUGACCACGGCGCCGUUAUAUAGAACCCCAGCCUCGUCACCGCCUAAAUCGUCGCCGGCCGGAUCGACGCACGAGUCACUCAAUCCACCCCUCGUCCAUGCCGGGAUUAGUCGCGAGUACCACUCUUCCGACACGGAAGCUGUCAGGUACAUUAUGCCGACACCGAUACAGUAUAAACCUCUUGGUGAAGCAGAAACGUGUGACACUAGGAAUUUACCAUCACCCACCAGUCCGAACAGUACAGGCUGGAGUAGUGAGCCACAAUCUUUUCUAUCCUCCGAGCCAUCAUCACCUGCGCCAACGUCGACAGGCGAAUGUAGUAUGUCUAUAAGUUUAAUCAGCAACGAAAGUGCUCAACUCUUUAUUGCGCCGAAAUUCUCCCCGACCUCCUGCCUGGACGUAGACUUUAACGAAUUUUGUAUUCGUCUCGAUCAAGAAAAUCGAGAAAGUCGCGGCAGCGUCUCAUAUACGGAUUAUUACAGCAACGAGGACGGUCAGAUACGUAAAAUAACGCAAAUACCGCAAACGAUACAAUCAGGUGUCAGCGGCGCGCAAACAAAGCUCGUUUGUGGCGAUGAUCUUCCCUGCGAUAAUAUCGACGAAGACGAGGACCACACGUUAACUUUAAAACAGACCGAAGAGCAAAAGAAACAAGAUGUUAAAUCGAUAUUCGAGCAGAGGGAUGACAUUAAUCCUACGAAACUAAGUGGCAGCUACAAGAAGAUCGGACGUUUCCUGGUGGAAAGCACGGAUGUAUCGCACGGCGACGUCCGAAUUAAAGACACUGACAACGCCGGUACUUCCGAUAAAAUAAAACUCUCUACCUCUCAGAAAUCUGACAUUUCAAGCACGGGUAAAUCCAUCGCGGAGAAGGCAAAGAAGGAUUCCAAAAAGUGCGGCGGCUCGCAUAUCAAUUCUCAAAAGCGAAAAAACUUUUCUCGAUCACAGAGCGUCACGACGCCGAAGCCGGUUGCAUCGAAACCUGAUACGACUUUCAGUUAUUCGAGACAAAGCUCAUUCUCGACAAUGUCGGAUGCGGAUCUGGAAAAUUGGAAAUUAAGCACGGAUCCGACACAUUCCUCGAGAACGAGCCAACAGGAGGAACCUAUACUCACUGUAGCCGGUAGUCUCACAGAUAGCUCUAAUAUCACCGUGGGUUUCGAUGUCAAAGAGGAGGAAAAGAAAUAGAUAUCAAUCGCAAAUUAA